ACUGCGCUCCUUCUCAUUUGCAAUGCAUUUGCUGUUUCUCUUUUAACAAGAGAUCAGGCUCAUUUGCUCGCUACACAAUGCCAGAAGCAAUUAUAGACGCCCUCCCAAUUCAAUUGUCUGCUCUCGCAACUCUCUCCCCCGCGUCGACCACACGUGCUUGGCAGACCGUUCCACAUCCAACGUUACCAAUCGUAGCGAGUGCAUCAUCUGAUAAGACGGUUCGAAUAUACUCUCUUACUUCAUUCACUCUCCUGAGCACAAUCACUGGAGGCCACAAGCGCAGCAUCAGGACGGUAGCCUGGAAGCCGAAUACAAAAGGUGAAUCUAUACUAGCUACUGGCAGCUUCGACGCGUCUGCUGGGAUUUGGCGGAGAUGGGAAAUAGAAGGAGACAAAAUUAAGCCACGGGCUGACGAGAGCGCCGACGAAGUGGACUUCACUGGCCGAGAUGAAGAAGACGAAGAUGAAUGGCGCUUUAGUAUUGUCCUCGAAGGCCAUGAAAGCGAGAUCAAGAGUGUAGCUUGGUCGGCGGGCGGACAAUAUUUAGCCACAUGCUCGCGGGACAAAAGUGUGUGGAUAUGGGAAGAGAUUGAGGACGACGAAUUCGAGACUAUAGCCGUGUUGCAGGAGCAUAGUGGCGAUGUGAAAACUGUUGUCUGGCAUCCUGCCGAGGACCUAUUGGCAAGUUCGAGCUACGAUGACACUAUUCGAUUGUAUCGAGAAGAUCUGGACGAUUGGAGUUGCGUUGCCGUGUUGAGGAGCCAUAAGGGCACGGUAUGGUCUCUUGUAUUCGAGCCUCUAUCGAAUCUGGACAGACUUGAUAGAGAUGACUUGAACGAUGCACAAAGAGCGUUCCUAGAGGAACGAAAGAGAAGCGGUCCAAGGCUGAUUAGCGCAAGCGAUGACUUGAGCAUCCGCCUUUGGAGACGGAAGCCAAAGGAUGGCAGUGAAAAGCCACCUGAUCAGAGCUACCCAAGCAUUAUACGUAACAACAGCAUCGAAGAAGAGUGGCUAGAGGAAGCUGUACUGCCACAAAGGCACGAACGUGCCAUUUAUUCGGUAGAUUGGAGCAAAAAUUCCGGGCGUAUCGUGAGCGCCGGAAGUGAUGGCAAGAUUAUCGUAUAUGAGGAGCGCUGGCGGAACCUCCCAGAAGCUGCUGAGCCGGCAAUUGCUUCCGAAGAGAAAGCAGAGCCAAACAACGUUCAGUUGACAGAGUGGGUGGCAGUGGCAGAAUUGGAAGGCUCUCACGACGUUUUUGAGGUCAACCAUGUGUGCUGGACGAAGCGCAGAGAUAAGGGAAGACGUAAUGACGAAGAAGAAAUGAUUAUCAGCACCGGCGAUGAUGGAGAAGUCAAGCUUUGGAUCCUAGAUUAGAGGCUAUCAAACGAUUAGCCACCUGUAGGAAUUGUGCUUGAAGCCACGAAACUUCAAAAUCAAAAUAAGCACAACCAAUCUAAUCCACAAUAGCACAUAUUGUUGGAGCUUAUUAACAGGAAGUAUGCCUUUAUCAUGCGCUUAAUCGCCGAAUAAACUGAUUGAAUUUGUUUGAA